UAACAAAAACAUUAAACAUUAGCUAAUAGCAGUAUCUUAAGAAGAAUAAUUACAAAGGGCAAGUUGCAUUUAUAUAUUUUACAUUUAUAUAAGCUUUAUUACAAUGGAAGAAUCACUUAUCAGUAAUAAUGAAGAUAGCACUUCACGAAAUGAAGAACUAGAUGAUACUGAACAAACUUGCUGUUAUACAUGCUGCAACCCAAGAGGAAAAUCGCACAGAUUUGUUGCACUCUUUUUUAUGUGCUUUUUGAGCUUUGGUUCAUAUUUUUGUUAUGAUAAUCCAGGAGCCCUAGAAGAUAAUUUUUUAAAAGAUUUAAAUAUUACUACAACAAAAUACUCUCUGUUUUAUUCAUUAUACUCAUGGCCAACAGUGGUGCUGUGUUUCAUAGGAGGAUAUUUAAUAGACAGUGUUUUUGGAAUCAGAUUGGGAGCUAAUAUUUAUGUGACAAUUACAUUAUUUGGACAAAUAUUGUUUGCUAGUGGUGCUCUUUUUAAUACAUUCUGGUUAAUGGCUAUGGGUAGAUUCUUUUUUGGAAUGGGUGCUGAACCUUUAGCAGUUGCUCAAAAUAGUUAUGCAGUGCUGUGGUUCAAAGGGAAAGAGUUGAAUAUGGUUUUUGGUCUUGUACUUAGUCUUGCACGAUUUGGAAGCGCAAUUAACUUUUGGGUAAUGCAACCCAUAUAUGAAUGGGUUAAUAAAACAUAUCAGGGCUAUGAAUGUCUAGGAAUAGUCCUUUUUAUAGCGAGUUUUACAUGUAUAUUUUCGUUACUAUUUUCCGUUAUUCUUGGAUGUAUCGAUAAAAGGGCCGAUUCAGUGUUGAAUCGAAGUCAAAAUCAGAACUCAGAGAUAAUAAAAUUUAGAGACAUUUUAAGAUUCGAUGUGACUUUUUGGUUAGUAUCAAUUGUUUGUGUAACCUACUACGUCUCAGUGUUUCCAUUUAUUUCUUUGGGAAAAGACUUUUUUAUGAAGAAGUUUAAAAUGGACUCGGAGGCUGCUAACAUAGUUAAUAGUUUAGUUUAUUUAGUUUCUGCAUUUGCCUCACCAAUUCUGGGAUUUUUGGUGGAUAAAACUGGAAAAAAUGUGUUUUGGGUAGUGGUUUCUGUUGUGUUAACUACAGCAGCACAUUUUUUACUUGCCUUCACUGCUCUUAAUCCGUAUGUUAGUAUGAUUUUCAUGGGUCUUGCGUACUCAAUGUUGGCAAGUGGACUGUGGCCAUUAGUGGCUCUUAUAGUUCCACAAAAUCAGUUGGGAACAGCUUAUGGAUUGUGUCAGUCUGUACAAAAUUUAGGCUUGGCAUUGGCUAAUUAUAUAGCAGGGAACAUAGUAGAUCAUGCAGGGUACUUUUGGUCAGAAAUAUAUUUUAUAACUAAUUUAUGUGUCUCAUUAAUGAUUACAUUGGUUGUAUGGAUCGUUGACUCAAAGAAGGGAGGAAUGCUUAAUAUGACACCUGCCAAUAGAGAAGCCUAUAAUCAAAAUCGAUUGGAAGCGGAAAGGGACGAAGAAGAGAAAUUGAUAGCAGACGGAAGUUCGUCUGUGCAAACCAGUUCUGAUUUUGAAGUACGAAAUAGAUAUUUAUCACGAAUUGGAGCACCACUUCCACCUCACUACGACGCAAACGUAAAACGUUUAAAUUGUAGUAUGUUAUCUUAAAAUUGAUUUCGAAUUAAUUUUUUUUUUAUAGUUGAUAUUAUCUCUGUUUUUGAGACUGUUAUUAUCAAAAACAUUUAAAAUGUAUAUUCAUUAAAAAAAGACAACUAUAU